UCCCACUCACUGAAUCGCGUGUGCGCACGGUAGAUAGAGAGAGACUGCAGUGUGAAAACUGAUCUAAAUCGCAAGGAGCGAGCAGGCAUCUGCCAAAUCUGGAGUGCUCAGUCUCAUCUUGGAUUUACCUUUUUGGCUGGAGCUUACUUGCUUGUUAACCUGACAUGUUGUUUUUUUUUUACGCAUCUCUUUCAUUUGGAGUCGUGAGUAUGUUCAUUAGCAUGAAGUUUGGUAUGUAUAAUUCACAUUAACUAUGGAUGAGGCUAUUAGCUUGAAGUGAUCUGGCUUGGGUGUUUCUGAUGAGCUACUGUAGAACUGCACUCCUCUCAGCCUAGCCAUGUCUUGGACGUGGAAGACACAAUGCCUAUAUUUCUUUCUUACUUAUUCUACACGGCACCACCCUGAAUGCUACCAUUCAUAUUUAAUGUGCCCACUAAGGCUGUCUGUUGCUGUUAAGAAUGUGCUGUGAUUGAUAACUGGGCCUGGACAAUCUACUAUCCCGAGUCCAUUUAGAUUAUGAAUCCCUGGAGGCGUUUGUGGGCUUUCGCCUGCAACACAUGCCUGAUAUUUGAACCCAUUUCCUGCCUCUUAGAGCUCUUAGAGUUUUUCUCAUAUGCCGAGAGCUUCAUGUUCCCUCAUUGAUCCUCUCUUAGGUCUCCACUAGUCUGGAGCCAGAGCCUAGAGUGGUGCGUGCUACUCGUGGGCAGUGCCAUCACACUCCUACAUCCACCUUGCUUCCCACUUUUCUCAGCAGCAUUAAGCUGUUGGAUGCUUGACCUGUCGUUCGAUUAGGACCGAAUUCUGCACUUGGAUGGAUUUCGGAGCGUCAGACUCUCGUUGGGGUUUUGCUUGUAUAUUUUGGCUUUGUGGAAUUCAGGAGGGGAUGCUGUAACUUUACCCAGAUGCUCUCUCCCUCCCCCUCUCUUGCUCUCGCUCCUCAUUUUCCGUGGAGCCUCGUCGCUUGACAGCUGUUGGAGUUUCUUUCCAGCUGUGAAGGAUCCAAAGUGGCGAUGAACUACAUAUUCGGUAACAGCACACUGUACCCACGGGGAGGCCGGGCCAACACUGGCACAAGUCACAGUGCCCCAGGGCAGAAACAGAGGCAUUGGGCCAAGCGCAGCUCCAGUGAAGAGCUGCCCUCAUCAUCAUCAUCUCGCUGGCAGCAGCUGCUCACCUUCUUCACACGCCGUAAUGCCUUCAGCGACUGCAUCACAGCCGGGGCUGGACAGCAGGCAGAUGCCGUUCCUCCCCCUGCUCCCAUAAUCCCUGUGAUCCCUAUCGCGCCAGUCCCAGCCGAGACCACUGUCAUCCCUGCACCCACGUCACAGGCAAGCCCAGCCCCGGUGUUGGUGAACACAGACAGCCUUGACACUUCUCCCUAUGUGAGCCCAUAUGUAAAUGGAACAGAAGCUGAUUACGAAUAUGAAGAAAUUACGCUUGAACGAGGAAACUCCGGUCUGGGUUUCAGUAUUGCAGGCGGCACCGAUAACCCCCACGUCGGUGAAGACCCGAGCAUUUUUAUCACCAAGAUUAUCCCGGGUGGAGCUGCUGCUCAGGACGGCAGACUCGGGGUAAAUGACUGUAUCCUGCGAGUAAAUGAUGUGAACGUGAGAGACGUCACUCACAGUAGAGCUGUGGAGGCACUGAAGGAGGCAGGCUGCAUCGUCAGGCUAUAUGUCCGAAGAAAAAAGCCUAGCGCUGAGAAAAUCGUGGACAUAAAGCUUGUCAAAGGUCCCAAAGGUUUAGGCUUCAGUAUAGCUGGUGGAGUGGGAAACCAGCACAUUCCUGGAGACAACAGUAUCUAUGUCACCAAAGUCAUUGAGGGAGGAGCUGCCCACAAAGAUGGACGACUCCAGAUUGGGGAUAAACUUAUUGCUGUAAAUGUUGUUUGCCUUGAAGAGGUGACUCAUGAGGAUGCUGUGGCAGCCUUGAAAAACACGAGUGAUGUCGUCUUCUUAAAAGUGGCGAAACCCACCAGCGUGUUCAUGAACGACAGCUAUGCUCCCCCUGACGUCACCAACUCUUAUUCCCAGCACAUGGAGAAUCAUAUCAGCUCCCCAAGUUAUCUGAGCCAGCCCACCACCCCAGCCACACCUUCACGCUUCUCGCCCAUCUCCAGAGGCUUGCUGGGAGACGAAGAGAUCACAAGGGAGCCUCGGAAGGUGGUGCUACACCGUGGCUCCACAGGGCUUGGCUUCAACAUUGUGGGUGGAGAGGAUGGAGAGGGCAUCUUCAUCUCCUUUAUCCUGGCUGGAGGACCUGCUGAUCUCUGUGGAGAACUAAGGAAGGGAGAUCGCAUCAUCUCGGUGAAUGGAGUGGAUCUCCGCACUGCGACUCAUGAGCAGGCAGCUGCUGCUUUGAAAAAUGCUGGUCAGACCGUCACCUUAGUGGCUCAGUACAGACCAGAGGAGUACAGCCGUUUCGAAGCUAAAAUCCAUGAUCUCCGAGAGCAGAUGAUGAACAGCAGUAUCAGUUCAGGCUCCGGCUCGCUCCGCACCAGCCAGAAGAGGACACUCUACAUCAGAGCCCUGUUCGACUAUGACAGGACGAAGGAUUCUGGCCUCCCGAGUCAAGGAUUGAACUUCCAUUUUGGGGACAUCCUGCACGUGCUGAACGCUUCAGACGAUGAGUGGUGGCAGGCGCGCAGUGUCACCGCAGAUGGAGAGGUGGAAGAGAUCGGAGUCAUUCCCAGCAAGAGGAGGGUGGAGAGAAAAGAGAGGGCCAGGUUAAAGACGGUCAAAUUCAACUCCAAGUCUCGGGACAAAGAGCAGUCACUCAAUGGCAAGCCUAAAAAGCACGUCUUUUCACAUAAAUUCCCCUUCUACAAGAACAAGGAGCAGAGUGAGCAGGAAACGAGCGAUGUGGAGCAGCAUGUAACCUCUAAUGCCAGUGAUAGUGAUAGUAGCUGCCGUGGACAGGAAGAGUAUGUUCUAUCAUAUGAGACUGUGAUUCAGCACGAAGUGAGUUAUGCUCGUCCCGUGAUUAUUCUGGGCCCUAUGAAGGACCGGAUCAACGAUGACCUGAUAUCAGAGUUUCCUCAUAAAUUUGGAUCAUGUGUCCCUCAUACAACCAGAUCAAAGCGAGACUACGAGGUUGAUGGCAGAGAUUAUCACUUUGUCGUGUCUCGAGAGCAAAUGGAGAAAGACAUCCAGGAUCACAAGUUCAUAGAGGCGGGCCAGUACAACAAUCAUCUGUAUGGCACAAGUGUACAAUCAGUACGAGAGGUCGCAGAAAAGGGUAAACACUGCAUCCUGGACGUCUCUGGCAAUGCUAUCAAACGACUCCAUCUAGCACAGCUCUACCCAAUUGCUGUGUUUAUCAAACCAAAUUCAGUGGAAAAUAUUUUAGAGAUGAAUAAAAGGCUGACUGAGGAGCAGGCCAAGAAGACGUUCGACAGAGCUAUGAAGCUGGAACAGGAGUUUACAGAGCACUUCACUUCCAUUGUACAAGGGGACACCUUGGAGGAGAUCUACAACCAGGUUAAACAGAUCAUAGAAGAUCAUUCUGGACCAUACAUCUGGGUGCCAGCCAAGGAGAAAUUGUGAAAUAGAUGAAGUCAGAGGGGAACCCCCCCUCCCCCCCUUCCUAUUUUUCUUUUUCUUCUUUGCUCUUUGUUUGGGUGAAUUGAAAUAGGAAAUGCUCUAGUAUCCGAUGGCGUGUUUGUGGGAUUGGGCAGAGAUGGUCCAGCACGUCUCAUUAAGACUCGAUUCUGGAACGCUGUGUUUCCAGAUUUCAUGGAGAAGUGUUGCACCUAACCAGGGCCUCAUUGAGAGAUUAUAUGGUACAGCUUCCUUAAUGUUUAAGGCAGGUGACUUUAUAGAUGGAAAAGAUUUUAAUGCAUACUUGGAUUUUGUUUGGAAUUUUUUUUUUUCUUCAUAUAAGAGUGCAUCAAAAAUGCACUCGUGUACGAUCACUUGGAGCGGCACUUUGCACGUUAUAGCACUAAAAGCAUGUUUUGGAUGAUUCUGUUCUAGUUAACCUAUGUUGAUUUUAAGUUUUUCUUAAACAUAUAUUUGAUCUACAUUAACCACAGCCACAAAAUAGUUUUUGGGGUUUUUUUUUUCCGAUCAUAUUGUAUACUCCCUAUGAUCUUAUAAUAGGAUCAAAACAUUUAACUUAUGCAACUAUCCAGCUUCUAAACUGCACAAACAGAUGGAUGGCUUGACUGAUGACCUGGCACAAAAUAUGAUGGUUCAAGAAUUCCUGGGUGUUUUCUGCUGAUCAGGGUGUUUCUGAGUGUAUGAAUUUGAGGUUUACAGUGGCUUGGCUGAACAUGUUGUUUAAAAUUCAGGUGAAUGUGUAUUUUAGGACAUAAAUUCACAAUGCAAAUGUUAAGAGAAUUUACUGUACAUUGGGAUUUUAACAUGUAUUUAACCCUGAGUAUACUGCCUAUUUUGUUAUAAUAAAAACUCUAUAUUGAGCUUUACUUAAACUCUAAAAAUAUGGGAAUAAUUAUCUUUAUAUUGAAUAAAUAUAUAUGAAAAUAUAUCAAUCUAUAUAAAUAUUUAAAAAAGAAUAUAUUUUCCUUUACUUUCACCAUCAUCUCUUUACUUCUUUUUUUAAAUUUCUUUCUCGUGGCCCUCAAUGAAGAUGUACCUGGGCCGAGGGGGCAGUUUUCUUUUUUUAAAAUUUUUCUCUUUUUUUCCCCCUCAAAUGCAGUCGCUAGCAGCUCAUUCUCCUCUGCCCUCUCUUCCAUGUGAAUCCUGUCUCACGUGGUGUGCAUGGUUUUAAAAGCAAUAGUAUUUAUAAUACGUGUGUAAUCAGUACAAGAGCUGUAUUACGCCUUUGCGUUUUCAGCCAGAGUUGUGAAGAUGCCGGGUUUGUUGAUGAAAGUCAGCAGAAGCUCAUAAACCCUAUCCUUUAGACCCAGUGUUCACUCUCAGCUGGACAGAGUGUCUCUGAAGCUCUCUGAAACACAAGCCUUUAUUUCUCCACUGGAGGGCCAGCUCUCACUUUCAUUCUCAUUUGGAGAUGAUUGUUUUCUAAAAGACUGACUCGCUUCCAUUGGACCACAGCUUUCUAACACAUUUUUGACUGGACAUUGUAAAUAAUCUGAUCUGAUUCAUUUCAUUUGUCAGAAGACAAUAAGUGCUAAUAAACAAAUCACACACUGUUUUUUUUA